CGCCACUAAAAUCCCCAAAAGACAGAUCUCAAAAACAAAAAACACAGAAAAACAGAGAGAUGGGUUUGGUUACAGAUGAAGUGAGAGCUAGGGCAGAGAAAUACACAGGGGAUGAGUUAUGCCGUGAGAAGACGAAGGUGUUCCUCAAGGAAGUCAAUAUGCCUAAUGGGUUAUUGCCAUUGAAGGACAUAGAAGAGGUUGGAUACGACAGAGAAACAGGUGUUGUGUGGCUUAAGCAGAAGAAGAGCAUCACUCACAAGUUUGAAACUAUUGGGAAACUUGUCUCUUACGGCACUGAGGUCACUGCUGUUGUGGAAGUCGGAAAGAUCAAGAAGCUGACCGGUGUUAAGGCCAAAGAGCUUCUUAUUUGGGUCACUCUCAAUGAGCUUGUCUUGGAGCAGCCAACAAGUUCAGGUAAGAUCAAUUUCAGGACACCGACUGGUCUCUCCAGGACUUUUCCAGUUUCAGCUUUUGUGGUUCCUGAGGUUGAGAAUCCUGCAAUGGUGAAGAACAAUGCAACCACUGAAGUUAAAGAGGCUGUUGCAGUCAGCGAUGCUUAGUUACUUAAGCCGCACUCUCUAUUUUUAAUUAUCUUAAUCACGUAAUACUUUCUGCUUCUGCUGCUUAAUUUUCUACAUUAAUAAGAGUUAUGAUUCCACUU